UGAGCCACAUCCCUCCUAAUGACGAACAAACCAGACAGGACCGACCUCUUGUUUGUCUCCACACCCAGUAAUACCUGCUUUUAAGCCCGUGCGUGAGCCUGUCAGCAGUGGAGACCACAGCCUACCAGCAUUAUUUGUCAUCCGUGCAGUAGCACAGCCCCACAGGUGGUGGUACUGCGUCUACAUCUACACGGCGCCUCAGAGAACGGGAGAGCCCGCAACGACCGAGAAACAACCGAAGAAGAAGAAACUGUUCCUAGCAUGGAGAGGCACGGCGUGUCGGUGUAGUGGAGGCGGAGGUCGCUGCGUCAGCAGGAGCCUGUUCAACACUCAGCACAAGCUAGCGACCUGUUAGCUGCUUAGCUCACGUGCUAACUUGAAGCUAACGCAGCGUAGCGGCUGCUGCUAACAUGAGGCUCAAAGUGGGAUUCAUUCUGCGGAGUCUGCUGGUCAUCGGCACGUUUCUGGGCCUCUUGGUGCUCUGGUCCACCCUGACCCCCAAAGCCAACAGCGACAGCCCGUUUGAGAAAAGGGAUGACAGCUUGUUGCCCAAAGGUGACCUUGCAGAGCAGUUUAAGCCUGUGAUGCCCUGGCCUCAUGUGGAGGGGGUGGAGGUCGACCUCGACUCCAUCAGACUGAAACACGGAGGGGCCGACCUUCCCAAGGAUUCAAAGGAGCAAUCCAACCAGAAGCAGGUGAUUCAACAGCAGUAUGUGACAUUCAGACCUCACACACAUGCCUACACUAGCCCCGUCUUGAAGAAAGGUAUCCUGGGAAAUUUUGAGCCUAAGGAGCCUGAACCUCCAGGGGUCCCCGGUGGACCCGGAGAGGGUGCUAAGCCGUUUGUCCUGGGUCCAGAGUACAAAGACUCGGUUCAGGCCUCCAUCAAAGAGUUUGGCUUCAACAUGGUUGCUAGUGAUAUGAUCUCACUGGACAGAACAAUCAAUGACAUACGCCACGAAGAGUGUAAGUACUGGCACUACGACGACAGACUGCUCACAUCCAGUGUGGUGAUAGUCUUCCAUAACGAAGGCUGGUCAACGCUGAUGAGGACUGUCCACAGUGUCAUUAAGAGGACUCCUCGCAGGUACCUGGCUGAGAUUGUCCUGAUUGAUGACUUCAGUAACAAAGUCCAUCUGAAGGAGCGCCUGGAGGAGUACAUCAAGCAGUGGAACGGCCUCGUCAAACUCUUCAGGAAUGAGAAGAGGGAAGGAUUAAUACAGGCCAGGAGCAUUGGAGCCAAGAAGGCCACCAAAGGACAGGUGCUGGUCUACCUGGAUGCUCACUGUGAGGUCGGGAUCAACUGGUACGCUCCACUGAUCGCUCCCAUUUCAAAGGACAGAACGGUGUGUACGGUGCCUCUGAUCGACUCCAUCCACGGCGAGACGUUCACCUUUGAGCCCCAGGGUGGAGGAGACAGCAAUGGUUUUGCUAGAGGCGCCUGGGAUUGGAGCAUGCUGUGGAAGAGAAUCCCUCUGGGAGCCAGGGAACAUAAACUGAGAAAAACUCAGACUGAGCCAUAUAGGUCUCCAGCCAUGGCAGGAGGUCUCUUUGCUAUAGAAAGAGACUUUUUCUUUGAGCUGGGACUGUACGACCCUGGACUGCAGAUAUGGGGAGGGGAGAAUUUUGAAAUAUCAUACAAGAUCUGGCAGUGUGGUGGCCAGCUGCUCUUUGUGCCCUGUUCCCGCGUCGGCCACAUCUACAGACUUCAGGGAUGGCAAGGCAACCCUCCGCCAGCACAUGUUGGAUCCUCACCUACUCUCAAGAACUAUGUUCGUGUUGUGGAGGUUUGGUGGGACGACUAUAAGGACUACUUCUACGCCAGCCGGCCUGAAACUCUCACUCUGGCCUACGGAGACAUCAGUGACCUUAAACGAUUCAGGGAGGAACAUCGAUGCAAAAGUUUCAAGUGGUUCAUGGAGGAAAUAGCAUAUGACAUUCCACUGCACUACCCACUUCCUCCUAAAAAUGUAGAGUGGGGGGAGAUCCGGGGCUUCGACACCAGUUACUGCAUCGACAGCAUGGGACACACUAACGGAGGGAAUGUAGAGCUGGGCCCGUGCCACAGGAUGGGUGGAAACCAGCUGUUCCGCAUCAAUGAAGCCAACCAGCUGAUGCAGUAUGAUCAGUGCCUGACCAUAGGAGGCGACAAGUCUGCUAUCAUCAUCACACACUGUGACACGAACCAGCACAUGGAGUGGAAGUACUUCAAGGAUCUGCAUCGAUUCACUCAUGUGCCAACAGGAAAAUGUCUGGACCGCUCCGACCUGCUUCACAAAGUGUUCGUAUCAGACUGUGACACCAGUAAAACCACUCAGAAAUGGGAGAUGAAUAAUAUCGUGGCUGUGUGAAGACAUCUGGGAGAGCGAUCUGUCCCUACCAUCCGUUUACAGGAAAAAUACCUGACACCCAGGUGUUGGUGUACCUCCAACAAAAUGAAGCCCAAAUGGUUUAACUGUUGACAUCGGCCCAAAUGUGAAGGUUGUUCUGACACUCCAGAAGAAGAGUGUGAUCCGGAGCUGCUGGAUGAACACUAAACUGUCCCUGGUGGUUGUUUACACUGUCUCUGUCCUUUCAGGCUCUCAGGUCUUUUCUAAUUUUCUCAUUGCAUUUGUGAAAUGAAUCCCAUCGAGUCUUAAGAUUAUUAGGUCUGUUUAGUCCUCAGCCAAACUGAUGAGCUCGCUUACCAAAGAGUUUAGACUUCAGUCGCAUCAUCAUCAUCAUCAUCAUCAUCAUCAUCAUCAUCAUCAUCAUCAUGGGUGUGGUUUUUAGUCUGCCGCUGAAAAAAGACCAGGAUGAAGAAGAUCCUCAGUUUAACUGAGGAAAAGAGCGAGAAGCAGCACAUUUUUGAAGAAUAUUUGGACGUGAUGACUCGCUGCUGUCGUGUUUGCUUUGAUUUGGUUUUAUUGGAGUCUUCACAAACAAUCCCCUCAUCUGGCCUAAGUGUGAUUUUGAUUGCACAGGCUCAGUUUGGCUAAUUGGUGAGUUUAUUUUCAUUUACCAAAAUGUUGAAAAGGCAAAGAAAAAGGAUUUCCUCCCAUUCGUGUCCCUAAGCCAUGGCAGCAUUUCCUUCCUCUGUGCUGAGCUGUCAAACCAGCAUGAACUCCUGAACUUUAGCGCUUUGCUCCUCACGGUCUUCAUUUGUUCUCUGACAUACACUGGGAUACUCUAAAGGAUGUGUGGGUCGCCGUCUUACCGACAGUCUGGAUGAGGAAUAUAGAGUUUAGUAGCUGACCAGUACUGUGACUCAGUAAUAAUCGGGGGUGGGGUUGGGGGCAGGAUUAUUAACAUGUAAAAAAUGCACAAUUAUUGUGGUUUAAAAAAAAAAAAAAGAAAAGAUGUUUUUGUUUUGUGUGCAGCAGGGAGGGGCUUUAGUGUUUGGAUGAUCACGUAUGCAAUGUUUUGUACUGUGUAAAUAAUCAUUUCUAAAGAUGAUCGUGAUGAAUUUUGUGGAGGGCUUGAAUGAUCUUGUAAAUAGCUAACUUAUAGCAGAGAUUUCAUAAUAUGGGCUGAGGAAAUAAAUGACCUGAUUUUUACUACUGUAA